UGCAGCUACUCCUUUUGAAUUUUGUCCGUUCGUGGCAGUAGAUUUGUUUAGGUAGACGAAGAGGUUGCAUCUGUCUUAAAGGACGAAUAUCCGCUGGCCAAAGGCUUUGAAGGUUGAAAACCCUUUGAGGUCAGCCAAGAUGGAUCUUAACUUGGGUGUUAAGGCUCUUCUUAGCUGGAUUAACAGUAUAAAACUGUCUGACCGAGGAUUUACUAUCAACGAUUUACAAGAUGGAACAGUCUUACUAAAAGUUAUUUCUAUGCUGAAAAAGGAAUCAGUCUCCUGUGUCAGUAAUUCCAUUGAGAAACGGUUUAACCUCAUUGCAGACUUCCUGGAAAAGGAGUGCAGAUUUAGUGAAACCAAUGGCACUUCAUUGUCUUGGGACAAAAUAAGAGAUGGCAUCAACCUAACAGUGGAAAUUUCAAAGGUGCUUUUGUUGCUCGUGUACCAUGACAUAAUGAAUGAGCGUCGCACCCUGAACAUGUUGGAAUGCGAAGUGGAGCAGGAGAUAGCAAACCUAACUGGUUCCUUUGUAAUGGAGAGCGAGGGCUGUGUUUAUCUGAGCAAUGGGCUUGAAGCUUAUUUAAAAAGGAUACAUUUGUCUGUCUCUCAUGAAAUAUUUGAGCGAUCAACAACCACCUCUACCUCCAGCUUGUCGACCAUUUCCUCACUGUCGGAUGAUGAGUCCCCUGUCUUGCACCGUGCACAGAAAAUCACAUUCAUGGAUAUGCAUACUGUGGCUUCUUCCUCAGUCAGCAAAUCUUCUCUGUACUGCUUAUUUCAGUGUAUUGUGGUUUCCUCCUACCAACACCUUACAUAA